AUGCCGAAUACUCCGGAUUGGGUCAAAGCCCUUCAGCCGUCUGGCCCGCAGGGCACCGAGCUCCUCGCUCAGGAGCGAGCCAAGUCCAACCUCAACGUCGACCAGCUUGCGACGUUCAUGUUCACAAACGAAGCUCUCCAGCGCAAUGAGCGGAUAUUGAAUAUUCUGAAGAAGGAACCCGUCUUCGAUAAGACACAGAACUAUUUCCGCGGCCGCAAUGCUCGAAUCGAAGCAGCGCUGGCGAGGGGCAAAAGGCUCUUCCAGCUGACCAAGGAGCACAACUGGUCAAAGGAUGAUUACAUGGUUGCCAAUGACCUUAUCGCCGAGCCGACGCCUUAUGGACUCCACGCGAGUAUGUUCCUUGUUACGUUGCGCGAGCAAGGUACUCCAGAGCAACACAAGCUUUUUCUCGAGCCUGCAGAAAACUACGAGAUCCUUGGUUGCUAUGCCCAGACGGAACUUGGCCACGGCUCGAACGUACGUGGCCUGGAGACUACAGCGACAUGGGACCCGUCGGACAAAACUUUCGUUCUGCAUUCUCCUCACCUGACCGCUUCGAAGUGGUGGAUUGGUUCGUUGGGUAAGACGGCCACACAUGCUGUCGUAAUGGCACAGCUUGUCCUGAACGGCAAGAAGAUCGGCCCUCACCCCUUCGUUGUUCCCAUCCGCGACAAAAACACCCAUGAGCCUCUCCCGAACGUACAUGUUGGCGAUAUCGGCCCCAAGUUUGGUUAUAAUACCAUGGAUAACGGUUUCUUGCUUUUGAACAACGUCAAGGUCCCGCACAACCACAUGCUCGCCCGCUUCUCGUCCAUCGACCCGAACACGAGCAAAUACAGCAGACCAGCUAACCCUUCGCUGAUCUACGGCACUCUUACCUGGGUCCGAUCAAACAUUGUUCUACAGUCGGGUUCCGUCCUUGCCAAGGGUGUUACCAUUGCUACUCGUUACUGCGCUGUUCGCCGCCAGUUCCAGGACCGUGAUGCCCCUGCCAACGAACCGGGUGAAAACCAGGUGCUCAACUACACUAUGGUACAGAUACGUCUCCUGCCCUUGCUUGCCGCAACUUUCGCCCUCCAUUUCACCGGUCGUGGCAUGAUUAAUCUGUACAACGAAAAUCAGAAGCGAAUGAGCGCCAAUGUCGGCAAGCUCAGCGACGGAAAUCGCAACCCUGGCCCCGAGGAGCUGAAUCCCGGGACCGACCUUCUCGCUGAUCUGCAUGCCACUUCGUGUGCCCUCAAGGCCUACGGCUCAACCGUUGCAGGCGAGGGUCUGGAAGUCUGCCGUCGUGCUUGUGGUGGCCACGGCUAUUCUUCCUUCAGCGGUAUCGGAUCUUGGUACGCUGAUUACCUGCCGACGCUGACAUGGGAAGGAGACAACUACAUGCUUACGCAGCAAGUGUCUCGCUAUCUUCUCAAGUCCGCUCGCUCUGUCCUGAAGGGCAACCACAGCAACAACGACACUACUCGUAUUCUUUCCGAGUUCCUUCGCCGCCGCGACAUCGGCGCCGCCUUCGAUGUUCUCGGCUCCGACGAGGAUCUCGUCGCUGCUUUUGCCUGGCGUGUGUCUUUCUUGACAUUCGAAGCUCUCCGCCACAGAGAUGAGGACAAGCAGUCCUGGAACAGCCUACUUGUUGAUUUCUGGCGCCUUAGCACCGCGCAUGCGCAGUACAUGGUCGUGAAAAACUUCCACCAGGCACUUAACGACAAGGCUACAACCGAGCAGCUUGAUGAGGGCACUGUCAAUCUGCUGCAUAAGCUUUUCAGACUGUAUGCUUUGAACACGCUUGAGCAGGAGGCUAGCGAGUUCUACAGCUCCGCAGCUGUCACAGUUCGCCAGAUCACUCUGGCGAGAACAAAGGCUGUCAUGACUUUGCUGGAGGAGAUCCGUCCUCAUGCAGUACGCUUGGUUGAUGCUUGGAAGUUUGACGACUGGGUGCUGGACAGCAGUCUGGGCCGCCACGAUGGAAAGGUUUAUGAGGAUAUGUUUAAGCGUGCUAGCGAAGACAACCCGCUGAACAAAGUGGUUUUUGACCCUUACCCAAACAGCAAGGUGUUGUUCAAGAAGGACGAGAGAAAGGAUCUGAGAAGCAAGCUAUAG